CUGUCGGCGGCGGGUCGAUACACAACCAGCCUGUCCCUGUCAAGUUGACGUUCGGCAUCUAAUGAUGGAGAAAGUUGGCUGUAGUUCUGCACCCUGCCGCUCGCUGCCGCCCUCUGUCGGCGAGCAGCUGGUGAGCUCAAGACAAAAUGGCGGAUGCUGCGCGGGAGCGACCGUGGACGCGUGUUGGCCAAGACAUGUGGGCGGGGAAAGCCUCGUGCGCUUCUACUCGCUCCACUACGGUUCCAUCGCCGACUGUCGGCGCUGGAAGCACGCUGGAGGGGAAGCGACAUCUCACGGACGAGACGAGCCGUGCGGCCGGCCCCGAGUCCUACGAGCGACCCCGCGGGUGUGUGGAGGCCUGCGGGCUCGAGCAGCCGAGGAUGAGACAGCGAACAUGGACGGAGCCGUGUUCAUCUCCUUCUUCCAGGGCCAGCUGGAGUCCGUGCUGGAGCAGGUCGUUCAGCUCGCCGUCCAGGAAAUCAGCAAGACGGUGGGCUCCAGUCUGAACGCCCUGCUGCUGGAGACGGCUGUCAAGGAGCGGGAGAACCACCGGCUUCGGCUUCAGCUGCAGUCGUGGGAAAAGCGGGCUAUGGACGGUUCUGCCGGUGGGGCCGCGCGAGCAGACAGCAGCAGGACAAAGGCCCAACAUCAUCAUCAUCAUCAUCAUCAUCAACAACAACAACAACAACAACAACAGCAGCAGCAGUCGGAGCUACGUGCCCCUGGGGGACCGGGCACGGAGUCCGGAGGAGCUACCGACACACGCCGCUUGGAGCACAAAGGCCGAGUCGUUGACCAGCUCAAGUCUGUGAUGGAGACAGUUCUGGACUUUGCAGUCUGCGAGCUGACCAAGAUCGUAGAAGCUUCAUAUGAUGACUUGCUGCUGGAAGUCACCAAGCUGGAGCAUGAGCACCGGCACCUGGAGGAGCGGCUGGAGAGAGGAGAGCAACGAAGCGGGGGCCAGCGCCGCAGCUCCGAGAACGACUCUGCCUCACUGAGUGGUUCAGAGGAAACUCGGGACGAUGCUUGUGAUGUUACGGUGUCCAAGAUGCUGCUAACAGAUCCAAAGCCUCCCCGCGUCCAGUCCAAUCCCCAGGACUGGGGUCCCAUCUUGGACAAGGUCUUUGGUGAGAAGUGGUCUGAUGACUCAUGGUCCGUAGAAGAGAAGGAGGGGAGUGGGCGUGUCCCAAAAGAGUCCAGGACGUCCCAGCACAAGUCACUGCCUCUGUCCCUGGAGCCAGCUCCGUACUCCCCGCAGCAGGACCCUCGUUGGACCCCUCUGGAGGACAUGGAAGUCUUCUCUCCGGACGUAGAAAUUGGUCAUCAGAACUCCACAGGGCAAGCUCACACUGCUGGUGAACAACAGAUUGGACCUCUGCCUGGCUCCUCAGGAAGUGGCCAGCUGUCCUCCGCAUCCAUGUUACACCGUCUUCUCACCCUGCCGUCACAGCUGCUGGAAGAAGAUGCCUCCAAGGAAACGGUUCCUCUGGCAAUGGACUCGAGCAACGAACCUCCUGGUCUGGCACCUGCAUCCCUCCCUACCACUAAGGAGUUGGAAGAGGACAUGGACGACGGAGGGGAGGUGGAGGAAGAGGAGAAAGGGACCAAGGUAAGUCCUUCAGAAGUCAAGUGCGUAGUGACAACUACUGAAAUGUUUGCUAUUGCGCCACCUAUCCAUGCACCACCUGUUGUUGACAAACCUCGGCCGCUUGUGUGUGCAGAGGAAGAGGAGGAGGGUUUGGUCGGAGUGCGAGGAGUGCGGUCGCAGGUUCAGUCGUGUGUCACAGCUGAAAUCCCACCGCCUGACUCACGCCGCUGCCACGGACUGGGUCCCAUCGUCUCCGGCUCCUCCCAGCAGCAGCCCCCCUCUUCAGUGUUCCAAGUGCGGGAAGAGGUUCUCCUCAGCGACCCGCCUCCAGAGCCACAUGACGACCAUGCACCCUGGCGACGAGAACGGAACCUGAAAGCUGAUCAGGACUCUGCCACAGUCGACUCAGCUCAUCCGCAGGACGGCAACUUUUGUUUACAGCGCUUCUGACUCUAGAACAUGUGUUAGUGUUGAAUUGGCUGGACGGUGUCGCAGCGGUUCCUCGUGUUGUCUCUCCUCCAGGUACUCGGCGCACACAUGUUUUGGGUUACCAUAUUGAAAGUAUCAACAGUGAAGAUGACUUCAAGUCAGUGAUGUCAUAACCUGCUUAGUGAUUGACAGCUAAACACAUUUGAUGUUUUGGGGCUUUAGGAAAGAGAGACACAGUCAGCCAACAGGAAGUGAUGUCAUCAGGUGGUGAUGACCUCCCCUCUUGUAAACAGCAGUCACGUUAAGUAAGGAAUUUUUUUACCUCGUUUAAGUUAGAUUUUACCAUGUUAACAUGCGACCACUGUGGUGCAGAAGUGUCGUCGUUGACAUGUUUUUAUAUUCUUGUACUGAUGAACUUUGACCUCGUGAAACAUUUCCACUUUUUGUCUUUUCCAUGCUCUGACCUCAUUACCUCGGUCACAGUCUGGGCCACGUGAACCCGAAAUUGUCAUCACACUUGUCGUUUGUCCGCAAUAAUCUGAUGAGACUCGUACUGGUGUAUAGGUUUUGCGAAGCCAAAUGGACCAUUUCUGAAGGCUCGAGUUCCUGUGUCCAAAAAAAAGGGAGUUGCUUUAGGAUGGCACUCCCUUCAGUCAGGCUCAAAGGGACUGUCCAGUGUUUAACGUUUUGUUUUGGGUUUUUUUGGAUGUUUUUACCAACAGGGGAAAUUGAAUCUAAGAUUGAAAAAAAUGUUUGAAAUACCCUGUAUAAUGUUUCCCAUAGUAUUUCCCAAGUAUUUCUGCCAGGAUGCAAUACUUUUGAUAUUUAAAGCCUUUUUUGUACUUCAGCACUCUAAACUCAAUCCGCCAAAAAUGAAAGUGCUGAGUCAUUGACAUUUUGGAUGUCUGUUGAUGCGAUUCAACCUUCUUUAAGACUUGUUCAACAUCUGCCAGUUUACGCCGAGCCAUCACUUGAUGAUGAAGGUGUCUUGAUGUUGUGGGUACUUUCAAGUGUCCGUUAAAAAUAAAGGGAAGUAAAUGUU